UCCCUUGUUCGUCGACGGCAAUGCCUUCCCAAAAGACCUUCCGCACGAAGCGCAUUCUCGCCAAGGCCAGCCGCCAGAACCGGCCCAUCCCUCAGUGGUUCCGGUUGAAGACGGACACGAAGAUCCAGUACAACGCCAAGCGCCGUCACUGGAGGCGGACGAAGCUCAACAUCUAAGCUGCUGGCUAUAU